AUGUCAACAGCUCUAACUAAGAAUAACAAUACAUAUCCUCAAGAGAUCGAGAUCAAUACAGUCAACAAUGAUUCUUUGCAAGCUCGAGGUGCAGCAGCUGCGGUGUUUCGACUUAUUGACGAGGGAAAUGACGCAAAUAUCAAUGAAAAAGAAGUAUGGAACGAGGAUACAGUAUCGAUAUGUGAUACAAAUGGUGAUGUGGAAUUUGACAAUGUCAACUUUGUAUAUCCAUCUCGUAAAGAUGCACCAGUUCUGCGUUGUCUCUCUCUUAUUGCUCGUACUGGUCAGACAACUGCUCUCGUAGGUUCAAGUGGCUGUGGAAAAAGUACAUGUAUAUCACUGCUUCUUCGUUACUAUAAACCUUCUUCUGGUCAAAUAACGACCAGUGGUCGAUCGAUAACAGAUUACAAUAUCAAACAACUUCGGCAAAAUAUUGGAGUUGUUAAUCAAGAACCCAUUCUGUUUGCUAUGAAUAUUUAUGAAAAUAUUCGUCUUGGUAAAGUAAAUGCAACACGAGAAGAAAUCGAACAAGCAGCACGAGAAGCAAAUGCACAUCAUUUUAUCAUGCAAUUACCGGAUAAAUAUGAAACACUUAUUGGUGAGUGUGGUAUACAGUUGAGUGGUGGUGAAAAACAACGUAUUGCAUUAGCUCGUGGUCUUGUCAAACAGCCUACUUUUCUUUUACUGGAUGAAGCAACAAGUGCACUUGAUAAUGUAAACGAAAAAAUUGUUCAAGCGCUCGAUCGAGCAUGCAAAGGUAAAGAUUGUUUUCUUGCUAAUCUUAUGGAUAUAACAUUUAGUAUAGAUCGUACAACUAUUGUAAUUGCUCAUCGUUUGACUACAAUUCAAAAUGCUCAUCAAAUAUAUGUAUUAGAUAAUGGAACUGUGAUUGAGCAAGGUACACAUGAAACAUUGAUAGCAAAAGAAGGAGGCAAAUAUCAAGCAAUUGUCAAAUGUCAACAAAUUGUAAGGACCAAUGAUGAUAAUGAUGAUAUGAUGAGCAUGCAAAAAGCAACAGAAGAAGAAGAAAAGUUGAUACUUGGACGUACUCGUUUAAUUAGCGAUAGUCAAGCUGUUGAUGUGAACAAAUAUACAGCUUUUGCCAUAUCAGGAUCGAAAUUGACAGAACGUAUUCGUUCGAAAGCUUUUGCAUGUCUUCUUCGUCAAGAAGUGGCUUAUUUCGAUCGAUCUGAGAACAGUUCUGGUGCGAUUUGUACUCGACUUUCUUCCGAUGCAUCAGCUGUUCAAGACAUGACUGUUGGCAAUUAA